ACAACAUCAACAAUAACAGCAAUAUUAACAGUUUAUUGAACCUGCGUGACUUACUUGUCAAAUCUGGCAGAAAACAUCUCUCGCUUUGAAUCGAUCUUUGAAUUAGUAUUGAAGAUAUUAAAUAGCUACAUAAUGUAAACAAAAAUCUGUUUGUAUUUGAGAUCUACAUGUAAUGGAUACAACUGAUAUAUGAAAAUAAAAAUGAACAACAGAGAUCACUGGGAGCCUGUAAUGGAGUCUAGAUUUCUUGAAAUUGAUGAAACAGAUCAGCUUCUGCAAAACAAUGAAGGUGAUCACAAUGAUGUGGACCCUGUGUCGUAUGAAGAAGCCUGGAAGACUAUCGGCUAUGGAAAGUUCCAUGUGUUACUGCUGGCACUAUGUGGCUGGGCAGUGUCCAGUGAUGCCAUAGAGGUGCUCUCUGUGUCCUUCAUGUUGCCUAGCGCUCAAUGUGACCUUCACCUCUCUUCAACAGACAAGGGAUGGCUCAAUUCUAUCAUAUUUGUUGGUAUGAUGGUGGGCGGCUACUUCUGGGGCUCUUUAGCUGACAGGGUCGGGCGCAGGACAGUGCUCAUGGGCUCGCUGACAGUCAAUGGGCUCGGUGGGCUGGUGUCUAGCACGUCUCAGGUGUAUUGGCUCUUCCUCAUCAUGAGGUUUAUCAGUGGCAUUGGUGUUGGAGGCAGCAUACCGGUGAUAUUCUCCUACUACACAGAGUUUUUACCAAAAUUUCGACGAGGGACAAUGAUAAGUGCCCUUGCAACCUUUUGGAUGAUGGGAAACAUCAUAGCUUCAGGUUUAGCUUGGCUCGUGAUCCCACACCCAGAGCUGGGUUAUUAUUCCUCUGGCUUCAAGUACAACAGCUGGAGAAUCUUCAUAGCGAUCUGCACCUUCCCCAGCCUCUCCUCCGCCUUCUUGUUUAUGUUCAUGCCUGAAAGCCCCAAGUUCUAUCUCACAAAACAUGAUGAAGCUAGAGCUCUAGACAGUCUGAGAACAGUCCACAGAAUGAAUCAUGGAAAUAAAGCAUUCCUGAUCAAGCGCCUUAUUCUGACCACUGAGAGGGAGGAAGUGGAGUCGGAGGAUAAAAGGAACCCCAGGUGUAUGGAGAACAUGAAAUCUAUUGUUCAUCAGACACAGAAGCUGUUUGGGCGCUCCCUGCGGCGGACCACUAUCAUCAUGCUCAUCAUCAACUUUACGCUGAGUUUCGGGUACUAUGGUCUCUGGAUGUGGUUCCCAGAAAUAUUCUCCCGGGUUGAAAAAUAUGGUGGUUCCCUGUGCAGUCAUGCGGAGGUCAACACGACGGGAACCAAUACUAUGACAGGGUGUAACCCCAUACCGGAGAACUGGGUGUUCUUUGAAGGCUUUAUGACAGCCCUGUCAAACCUGCCAGGAAAUCUGUUCACUAUAGUGAUGAUGGAUCGGAUAGGAAGAAAACCCUUACUAGCCAUAAGCAUGUUUAUCUCAGGUGGGACUGUAUUCUUGUUACCUGUUGUAAAGACGAAGCUUCAGAACCUCUUGAUCUCGUGUAUGUUUGGUGCCGUGACCACCGUGGGCUGGAAUGCAAUCGAUGUGCUACAGGCGGAGCUCUUCCCUACAGCUGUCAGGUCAACAGCCUUUGGUGUUCAGUCAGGUAUAGGGCGCAUAGCAGCCAUCCUUGGCAACAUGGUGUUUGGCAGCCUGGUAGACAUUCACUGCGCCAUACCCAUGAUCAUGGUGGCUUCACUACUUUGCCUCGGGGGACUGAGUGCCAUACGCCUGCCAAACACAACGGGCAAGGACAUUCACUAGUCUGGGGGAAGUGGUCGCAGAGAACCACACAUAUAUUCAGAGCUAGAUGUGUGGAUUUUUAGCUCGGCUCUUUUCGGAGAAAACCUGAGGUAUUGUCAUAGCCAGCUUGUUGUGUCCGCUGUCCGUGUCAAGGUUUGUUAAGGUUUUGAACUAAAAUCAAAGUGCUUCCACCUACAACUUUGAAACUUCAUAUGUAGAUGCACCUUGAUUAGUUCUACAUGCCACACCCAUUUAUGGGUCACUAGGUCAAAGGUCAAGGUCACUGUGACCUCUUAUAUAAAACAUAAACCUAAACAUUCGUUCUAAAAUCAAAGUGCUUUCACCUACAACUUUGAAACUUUAUAUGUACAUGCACCUUGAUGAGUUCCACAUGCCACACCUAUUUUUGGGUCACUAGGUCAGAGGUCAAGUUCACUGACCUCUAAAAAAAAUAAUCUGACAAGCUAUCAUUUAUUCAAAACUGCACCCACAGCCAAGCGUUGGCACCUGUUAUGUGGUGCUUUUGUUUUAAUUGCAAUCAAUUAAUUCAUGUUUACUGGCUCAAUAUUUUGUAUCAGAAAAUUGUGUUAUUGAUUUGUCAACCAUUUAUAUUUAUUAUUAACCAGGUUUUCCGAAGGAAAAACCUGGUUAUUAGAUUGAUGAAUGUCUGCUGGCGAGCAGGCGGAACAAGCUUGUCCGGGCCAUAACUUUGUCGUUCAUUAUGAGAUUUUAAAAUCAUCUUGUUUGGGGAUUGUUACUCAUUGGAUUUUGGGAAUUUUUUUUAAUAUACAUCUGGUGAACACCUUGUGUUUUUUUGUCCAUAGACCAAAUGUAUUGUCAUAGGGCAACAUUUUUUACUGUUAACUAAGAAGGGAGUUAAAAAUAGAACAACUUUAAACCAAAAUUACUAUCUGUCACAGAUAGUAUCAUUUUCCAAAACAAUGUUUGACAUCUCAUUCGCAAUGGCAAUUCUCAGUUUGACAAUAUUUUGUUCAUACCUGUAUGGCAUGUUAUAAUAAUGAACCAGGCUCUAGGAAAACCGGGCUUAGUGCAUGUGUAAAGUAUUUAAAUAAAGUAUUGUCCCAGACUAGCAUGUGCAGGCUAUCAGGGCUAAUCAGGGACGGCACUUUCUGUCUUGACUGGAUUUUCAGGGACGGCACUUUCUGCCUUGACUGGAUUUUCAGGGACGGCACUUUCUGCCUUGACUGGAUUAUCAGGGACAGCACUUUCUGCCUUGACAUGAUUAUCAGGGAUGGCACUUUCUGCCUUGACUGGAUUUUCAGGGACGGCACUUUCUGCCUUGACUGGAUUAUCAGGGACGGCACUUUCUGCCUUGACUGGAUUAUCAGGGACGGCACUUUCUGCCUUGACUGGAUUAUCAGGGACGGCACUUUCUGCCUUGACUGGAAUUUUAGGGACGGCACUUUCUGCCUUGACUAAAUUUUCAUCUAGAACUGCCUUUUAACAAACAUUUUCCUUACAAGCAUAAAGUAACAUCAAUUAUGGUGGAAGAACCAGUUAUCGAACACCUAAGAAAUUACGUUAAAUUACCUUAAAAUUGAAACACUUAAAAUGACAAAAACAUUUAGUUUUAUCAAAUGACUAACAGUUCAAUCAUUGUAUUAUCUGUAAAGUUUUCCAGCAAACUACCUUCAAGAAUUCAUAACAAUGAUUCCCUGAUUAUUGUCACCUCUAGCAGACAAAACAAAAUGGCGGCCGAUGUAAACAUUACCUAUUACCCGACACUUCAUAAAUACUACUCCAGCAUACAAAGUCACAUGACUAUCACGUGACCCAGACUCGGCGAAAAAAUCUGCUUUUGCUGCAAUCAAAAUUGCAAAGGGCAUAUGCUUUUUUGUGUAAAUGCACGUUUUGAUAAAUGCAUUCAAAAAGUAAUAGCAAAAAACACACAAAACGGUGUAAAUAACAAUAAAUGCAUUUCUUUAACCUGUUUUCGGCGCAUUUGUUUCAAGCUAAGUAGGCCAGUAGGUCAUGGACUUCAUGUGCGACCAUUUGUUUAUCAAUGUGACGUCAUGCGCACUUUUGCGUGUGUGCAUACAGAACCAAAACAAAACGUCCGAUGAUAGGUGCUGUUCGAUAACAGGUACUUACACGAUAUAAGCCUGUUGGGACUGCACUGGCUAAUCUGGGACGAUACUUUAUGCACAUGCAUUAAUCCUUAUUUUCCAAUAGCCCGACUCAUUCAUAGAAUUCAAGUAUAGCGGUCAACUAGAUAAAUGGUCUGUUAGAUCUGAUACAUGUACCUUGGUAGUUCCUUUUUUCUUUUUUACUUUUUUAUUUUACUCUAUGGUGCUGUGCAUAAUUUUUUUUUAUUGUUGGGGCCCGUUAUUAAAAUUUUAUGUAAUUGGUUUUUAAUAAUUUAGAGUUGUUUUGAACUUAUGAAUGCGGACGUCAUUUGAUUAUAUAAUCUUAUGAAGCUUGUUUUUUUAGGG